AUGCACGAUCCGGUCCUCAUCGUUGGCGCAGGCAUAGUCGGCCUUGCUCUCGGGCAAGCUCUGAAGAGGCGCAACAUUCCCUUCGAGAUCUACGAACGAGAUGCUCACCCCGAUAGUCGCGGGCAGGGCUGGGCAAUAACCCUGCACUGGGCGCUCCAAUACAUCCAAGCCCUCCUCCCCGCGGAAACCCUCCAACGAAUCCAGGAUGCCCAGGUCGAUCCCGCAGUAGCACAGAACGACAAUGGGAACUUCCUCUUUAUUAACCUCGCGACGGGGGAACCGAAAUUCAAGAUCCCGCCGUCGGUGCGCUGGCGCGUAAAUCGGGACAAGAUGCGCAGGGCGCUUCUUGUAGGGAUUGAGGAGCAGGUUCAUUGGGGGAAACGGGUUGACGGGAUUGAUGUUCGGGAAAAUGGGGUAAGGCUAAUCUUUGAUGAUGAAGAUAAGGGGGAGACAGAGGGACAAAAUGAGUCUGCCACCGGAAAACUGGUCGUAGGCAUUGAAGGGAGCAGAUCAACCGUCCGUCGCUUCCUCCGCCCAGACGCAUACCGAAACAAACAGCUCCCCGUCCGCUUCACCGGCGUCGCAGUCGAUCUAACCCCCGAGGAAGCCGCACCCCUGCGGGCCAUGGACCCCUUACUCUUCCAGGGUUGCCACCCGUCAACAGGCGUCUUCUUCUGGUUCUCGAUCCUCGAGACGCCCGCCACGCAUCCCAGCGGGGUGUACCGCGUGCAGAUCAACAUGUCGUGGCGGGUCGAGUCCGCGGAGGAUGAGGUUGCUCAAACGGACAAAGGUAGGCUGGAAAACAUGAAGAAGCGCGCGGUGGGCUUCGCGCCGUUCUUAUUUGACGCCGUGCAGCGCAUCCCGGAGGGGACGCCGGUGCUGGAAAUCACCCUGGCGGACUGGGAGUGUCUGCCGUGGGACAAUCGUGGUGGGAGGGUGACGCUGGCGGGGGAUGCAGCGCAUGCGAUGGUGAUGUACCGCGGCGAAGCAGCCAACCACGGGCUCCUCGAUAUCUUUCACCUCGCCGAAGCGCUCACUCACGUCUACGCUGGCGUCGACCUGCCGACGGCCAUGGACGAGUAUGAAAGCGAGAUGCGCGCUCGCACUGCCCCUGCGGUACAGCUUAGUCGGCAGGCGUGUAUGGAAGCCCAUGCGUGGGACCAGCUGAAUGAGGGGUCGGCGAUUCUGUCGAAGCGGAAGAUUGGUACCCAGUAG